AUGAUCUCUGAUAUUUCAGAUGGGAGCUUCAUUUAGUGAGUUCUUCUUUCCCUGACUGCAACUCUCUCCAUUUUUCCUUCCUUUUCCAGCUUCAUGAUGGUCCUGCAGGUCUCUGAAGCCCCCUGGACAGUGGCUCUGAUGGUGUUACUGAUGGUGCUGCUCAAUCCCAUGGUCCAGGGCAGAGCAACUCCAGAGAAUUACGUCUACCAGGGACGGCAGAACUGCUACGCGAUCAACGGGACGCAGCGCUACGUGGAGAGAUACAUCUAUAACCGGGAGGAGUUCGCGCGCUUCGACAGCGACGUGGGGGAGUACCGCGCGGUGACCGAGCUGGGGCGGCGGGACGCCCAGUACUGGAACGGGCAGAAGGACCUCCUGGAGCAGAAGCGGGCCGCGGUGGACACGAUGUGCAGACACAACUACGAGACUGUCGAGGGCCUCACCGUGCAGCGCCGAGUCCCACCUAGAGUGAACGUCUCUCCCUCCAAGAAGGGUCCUCUGCAGCACCACAACCUGCUUGUCUGCCAUGUGACAGAUUUCUAUCCAGGCAACAUUCAAGUCCGAUGGCUCCUGAAUGCACAGGAGGAAACAUCUGGGGUUGUGUCCACCGAACUGAUCCGUAAUGGAGACUGGACCUUCCAGAUCCUGGUGAUGCUGGAAAUGACCCCCCAGCAGGGAGAUGUCUACACCUGCCAAGUGGAGCACCCAAGCCUGGACAGUCCUGUCACUGUGGACUGGAAGGCACAGUCUGAUUCUGCCUGGAGCAAGAUGCUGACUGGAGUCGGGGGCUUUGUGCUGGGGCUCAUAUUCUUUGUAGCAAGCAUCUUCAUGCAUAUGAGGAGCAAGAAAGUUCAACGAGGAUCUUUAUAAACAGGGUUCCUGAUCUGACCUACAGGACUAUAUGUGCCUUCGAAACAUUAUUUUUCUGUGUUUCUUUAGUCCCAGAGGCUGGUUCUGAGACAUACCCCCAGCUUUCCAAGAGAAUGUUGCUGCCAAGUAAUUGCUUUGAAACCACUUUCUGCUCUUUGAUUCAAUGCAGCUCUCAUGGACCCUCCAACCAAGUUCCCUUCUCCUGGUUCCAUAAAUAAUCAAAAUUUAAAGUAAUCAAAAUAAAAAAGUUAUUGUUUGUUUUCUUUUAAGAAUA